GUCCACUGAUUUUCAACAUACAAUAAUUCGUACUUGCGCUAAAUUUAAGAAAGAUGGGUAAAAAACGUAAAACUCGGGAUGGAAACAGCGACUCUGAAUACGAUCCAGCUCCUAAGCAUCUUCAUAUUGCUCACAUCAAAAACCAAGAGAAACGUUUGAUUAUUAUCUUAGAAAACGCUCAAUUAGAAUCGGUUAAGGUUGGAAAUAGUUUUGAGUUAUUGAAUUGCGACGAUCACGUUAAUAUAUUAAAGAAGAAUAAUCGUGAUCCUGGCAUGUGCCGACCAGAUAUUACUCAUCAAUGUUUAUUAAUGUUAAUGGACAGCCCGUUAAAUAGAGCUGGACUUUUGCAAGUUUAUCUCCAUACGGAAAAGAAUGUUUUGAUAGAAGUAAAUCCACAAACCAGGAUACCAAGAACGUUUAAACGUUUUGCUGGUCUUAUGGUGCAAUUGUUACAUAAAUUCAGUAUUCGUGCCUCUGAUGGUCCGAUGAAAUUAUUAAAAGUAAUUAAAAAUCCAGUUACCGAUCAUCUGCCAGUUGGCUGUCGCAAAAUUGCAAUGUCAUUUAGUGCAAAUAAAGUAAAAAAUCCACGAGAAUUAGUUCUCCCUGAUGAACCAAUAGCCGUUACAGUAGGAGCAAUGGCACAUGGACAGGUAAAGCCAGAUUAUGUAGAAGAUACUAUAUCUAUAAGCAACUAUCCACUAUCUGGUGCUUUAACAUGUAGCAAAUUAUGCUCCGCGUUUGAAGAAGUUUGGGGAAUAGUGUAAUAACAAAUUGACAGUAUACGUGCGUCAUUUACAUAUACGAUUUAAUUCUCGAGAUUCAUUUAUUUUUCUAUUAUUUAUAAACAACUUUUAUGUAAUUGUGAAUAAGAAUACAGGAAGAAAAUAAAAUGACGUGUGGAAAUAAAAUAAAAA